AUGCAUCCUCUCGCCUUAGCGGAGCUUGCCUCCCCGACCGGCACCGACGGCGUUCCCUUCCGCGGCACGCCGAACCACGUUCACCGAACAUGGGCUCGGACCUUCUCGUCGCUUCCCGAGCUCUACAUCCAACCGCAGUCGCUCGCCGAGAUUGAAAAGGUCGUCAACCUCGCUCGUGCGUGCAGACGGCACAUUUCAACGACCGGAUGCGGCCACUCGCCGUCAAACAUAACAUGCACGUCCAGCUGGAUGGUCAACUUGGACAACUACAACGCCGUCUUAUCCGUAGACGAAAAGACCGGCGUUGUCGUUAUGCAAAGUGGCAUCCGGCUCUUCCAGCUCUGCAAAGAGCUUGAUAAGUACGGUCUGGCCAUGCCUAACCUUGGGUCGAUCAACGAGCAGUCUAUCGCAGGUGCCAUAUCUACCGGAACACAUGGUAGCAGCGCGCGCCAUGGUCUUAUGUCCGAGGAUGUCAUUGCGCUCAAGAUCACGCUGGCAAGCGGCGAAACAAAAGCUUGCUCAAAGACCGAGAACCCAGACUUGUUCCGAGCAGCUCUUCUUUCGCUCGGUGCUCUGGGUAUUAUUACUGAAAUCACGUUCCAAGCUGUCCCCGAGUUUACGCUGCGUUGGAGCCAGACAAUCGAUUCGGACCAAAAGAUGUUCAAUACAUGGGAUACAACGCUCUGGUCCCAGAGUGAAUUUGUACGUGUUUGGUGGUUCCCGUAUACUAGACGCGCUGUUGUCUGGAAGGCAGAGAAGACGGAAGAAGAGCCGCGCGAGCCCUCCACUAGUUGGCAGGACGGACCGCUAGGAUACUACCUCUACCACAACCUGCUCUAUGUUUCCCAGUUUGUACCCAAGCUGCUGCCAUGGGUCGAGUGGUUCUUCUUUGGACUACAGUAUGGCUUCCCAAACGGCUCAACGACGUCGGCUAUCCAGCCUUCCCGCAAGGCGCUCCUCAUGAACUGCCUCUACUCGCAGUUCGUUAACGAAUGGGCUCUUCCUCUUGAAAAGGGCCCUCUUGCCAUUCGCCGUCUGAGCUCAUGGCUCAACCACUUGUCCCCGUCAGACCCCGACUACGUUCCCCAUGGUAUCCCAUUCUCCGCUGACGGACUCUACGUUCAUGCGCCCGUGGAAGUUCGCAUCAGCGACACUACACUCACCUCCAACGCUCGUCCGUAUCUCGAUCCCACAUGUGAGGCUGGUCCGACGUUGUAUCUCAACGCAACCUUGUACCGCCCAUACCUGGCUGAUCCCCCUUGCCGAGAAAGAUACUAUGAAGCAUUUGAAUGGCUUAUGCGCGACAUGGGAGGCCGCCCGCACUGGGCAAAGAACUUUGUUGUUGGUGCGCGGGAUGUAGAAGCGUGGUACGGCAAGGAUAUUGCAGAGUUUAGAAGGAUAAGAGACGAGGCUGAUCCUCUGGGCAUGUUUGUUGGCGCGUGGCAUAGAGAAAAGAUCAUGGCUGAUACCGACGGCGUUUUAGAAUUAGAAGAGAUGGAAGUACGAAGAGUCAAGAAUGCCGAGAAUGGCGUCGUGGCAUUUGGUUCAUUGAAGGGCUAA